UGUGGCACUUUAUGUCAAAGCUGGACAGCACAAACUGAGACAAUUACACUCAAAAAUAGACCCUUUGAGUGCCUGUAGGUUACCAGCUGACUUAACUUCUGCUUUGGGUUCCGGUUGGUGAGGGGGCGGCGGGGAAGGAGGGCUUUAAGCUGGGUGAAAAGUUUUGUUUGACUCCCUUAAAAGCAGUAGAAGUUUUUUGUUUUUUUUUUCAAGUCAUGUGGCUCGACUGGACGGAGUGUUUUUAAACCGUCGCCUGGCCUUAAGGGAAAAUAAUGUGGAGAGCCCCUGGGAACAUCCAGAAUAAAACCAGUGCGCUCGGCCGGGAAAAGAAAGGUGUUUACAAACAAACAGAGACUGCGGUGUCCGCGAGACGACUGCAGCUCGUGCCUGAUCGCGCUACACGAUGGCAAACGCGACUCAGACUCAGACCGAGGUGUAUCUGUUCGAGCAGGUGAUCGUGCUGUUCUCGUGCGCGCUAUCUUUCCUGGGCUCCUCUCUGAUUAUCCUCACCUACAUUAUUUGGUCGGAUUUGAGGACAACUCCGAGGAAACUGCUGGUUUACCUCUCGGUGUCUGACUGGCUCUCCGCCGUCUCCUACGCCUUCGGAGUGUGGAGCGUCUUCCGCACAAACUCGGGGGAGUGCGUCGCUCAGGGAGCGAUUUCCACUUUCGCCAACACCAGCUCCUUCUUCUGGACCGUGGCCAUCGCCGUUUACCUGUACGUGUUCAUCGUGAGGGCCAACCAAAGAGUCGCUGACAGCCUCGUGUUGGUGUUCCACCUCGUCAGCUGGGGAAUUCCUCUGGCCAUCACUAUUGCAGCUGUGAGUCUCAACAAGAUUGGUUACGAUGCGUCAGAGGUGUCGGUGGGCUGGUGCUGGGUCAGGAUCAACGUUCAAGACCGGGUCCUGUGGAUGCUGCUGACUGGAAAGAUCUGGGAGUUCUUGGCGUACCUCACCCUCCCCUUCCUCUACAUCCUGAUCAAGAGGCACAUCCACAUAGCGCAUGCAGCCCUCUCUGAGUACCGUCCCAUCUUGGCCAACAGGCCUCCCGCCCACUCCUUCUCCUCCAUGGCUGAUGUGAAGCUCACGCUCAUCCCCAUCAUCUUCAUCGUCCUACGCAUUUGGAGCACGGUGCGCUUUAUCCUGCUGCUAGCCGACUCAAGUGUCAGACAGAACCCAGCACUGGUCACGCUGCACGGGAUUGGCAACACCUUGCAGGGAGCAGCCAACUGCGUCAUGUUCGUCUUGUUCACUCAGCCGAUCCGCACGCGCCUCUGCGCCGCGCUCACAUCCUGCUCCCAAUGUCGAGCAGAGGCGCAGCGCUCGCACAGGCUGCUACCCGAGCAGGACGCAACUGCCCGGAGAGAAGAAGACGGCACUGAACGAGGCCACGCCGACAGAUGAGACUUUGUUCGGUGCAAUGAGAAGAUGAAGGCAAAGCAAAGAGGGUGACAUGAAGGGAGGAGGAGUUCUCUACUUCACCUCGAACCCUCAUCACACAAAGUGCUCGUGCGAUGGCUUCUUGAGGUUCUGCAGGAGCAUGCACUUCUGUGUCAUGUGUCUGCACUGUGGGUGAUGGGGUGUUGCUGCCUGAUUUUAUGUUAUUUACACAUAAGGUGAAGCAUUAUUUGCAUUUAUUGUUCUGUAGGUCACAUGGGUAAAGUGUUUUGUUUGGUUUUUCUUUGGGUUGGUGUGUGUUGAUGAUUUCACUUCCCCUUCCAAAGAAAGUGAAGGAGGUCUGAAGGAGCUCUGCUUACCAUGUACUGUACUCAGGUUAACACUGUGAAGGAUUUUUGUUGUUGUUUGUUUUUCUAGUAUCCGAGUAUUGUGAAUUUGGGGAGAAACUUUUGUUGGCCCGGUUAUGUUACAAACAACAGAGAAACAGGUAAAGCUUUGUCGCUUUAGGUCACAAUUAUACUGUAAUUUUUUGUGUUUUUUCUUUUUUCUAUCAUUAACAAAUGUGGCCAGAAGCUCUAAAUACACUACUCCUGAAGCAAAGACAGGAGCAAUGCAUUUACUCACAUCUAAAGAGCUGUGCAUUAUUCUACCUGUUAGCUUGACUUCUCUUUCACUGGAGAUACUAUAUUGUUACAUUUUUGGGUAGAUGAUCAUCAUUUUCUAUUUAAAGGAAUAAAUACAUGAUCAACUUUG